UCUUGCGGGCUGUUUUGGAGCCGAGUUGCUCCUGCAGUGUGAAAUAUCGAAAGCGGUCAAUGCAAGCCAUGCUGUCGGCGAGGAUUUCAGCUUCGUAGCCAGCUGCAGAGUAAUUAUUUUACAAAAAAGAGCAGAGAAGAUCUCACCUUGAGACGUGUAAUGGGAGGUCAGAUAACCCGAAAUACCUUGUACGAUACCCUGGGUGGUCCGUUCCCCGGCACCUCUCACCGAUGCCCCCACAAGCCCAAGCGCUGCCUCCCAGCGCCCCAGCGGGGGGUGGUCCCGGCCAGCCCCCUGCUCUUCCACCCCAGCGCCAAGGGCUCCCAGAUUGUCAUGGACCUCACCCAGCGGGCAGUCAAGAGGCAGGCCAGCUUCUGCAAUGCAAUCACUUUCAGCAACCGGCCCGUGGCUGUGUAUGAGCAGGUCCGGCUCAAGAUCACCAAGAAGCAGUCUUGCUGGAGCGGUGCGCUGAGGCUGGGCUUCACCACCAAGGACCCCUCCCGGAUCAACCCAGACAGCCUGCCCAAGUACGCCUGCCCCGACCUGGUGUCCCAGACCGGCUACUGGGCCAAGGCCCUGCCUGAGGAAUUCGCCAAUGAGGGCAACGUGGUGGCCUUCUGGGUGGACAAGAAGGGCCGGGUCUUCUACCGCGUCAACGACUCCAGCCCCAUGCUGUUCUUCAGUGGCGUCUACACCGCCGAGCCUCUGUGGGCCCUCAUCGACGUCUACGGCCUGACCCGGGGAGUCCACCUUCUGGACAGUGAGCUGGUGCCCCCGGGCAUCCCGCGGCCGCGCCACUUCAACACGGUGCGCAUGUCGACCCUGCAGCGGGACGGGGAUGAGCCGCGCCUCUCCGUCAGCCUCUGUGACCUCAACCUGAGCGAGGAGCGGCUGCCGCUGGCCCCACCCACCGCCUGCCCCAUCCCGCAGAACUCCCUCAACUCCCAGCGGUCCCACCUGCUGCCGCCGCGGCUAGACGGCGGAGACCUGCACUUCCACCAGCUGCGCGGCGCCCACGUCAAGAUGGUGGACGAGCAGACGGCGGCACGGGCUGAGAACUCCCGCGAGGAGCGCGCCCUGGUCUUCACAAGCCGCCCACUUCACGCCGGCGAGACCAUCUUCGUCAAAGUCGCCAAGUCCGGCCCCGCCCGCUCAGGGUCGCUCACCUACGGGGUAACCUCCUGCGACCCCGGCGUCCUGCGGCCCAGCGACCUGCCCUGCGACCCUGAGUCCCUGGUGGACCGCAAGGAAUUCUGGGCCGUCUGCAGGGUGCCCGUGCCUCUCCACAGCGGCGACAUCCUUGGGUUUUUGGUGAACGCCGAGGGCGAAGUCGCUCUGAGUCACAAUGGCAGAAACGCAGGCAUGCAGGUGUGUGUGGACAACUCCCGGCCGCUGUGGAUGUUCUUCAGUCUUCAGGGUGCGGUCACACAGCUCAGGAUACUGGGCUCAGCUCAGCUUGGCGAGUCGAGAGAAAUGUCCGGACCCGGCACUCCCUUGUCCGCCCCGAACACGCCCACGGAGCUGUGCAGCGGGGGGUCCGACCCCGCCCUCGGUGGGAGCUGUCCUGCAGCGUUCUACGGCUCCACUGAGGGAACGGUGCCCAGCUCACCUGUCAGCCUCACAGAGUCCCCCACCUUCCCAUCAUCCUCUGGGUCCUGGAGCGACGAGUGCACCAUCUGCUACGAGAACGUGGUGGACACAGUGAUCUACGCCUGCGGGCACAUGUGCCUGUGCUACACCUGCGGCCUCAAGCUGAAAAAGAUGGCCGACGCCUGCUGCCCGAUAUGCAGGAGGGCCGUCAAGGACAUCAUAAAGACCUACCGCAGCACGUAGCCUUCCUGGGGCCGGGCCUCGGUGGCGCGCCGGGCGGGAAGUGAACAUCCACACGCAGCGGCUCAUCUCCGCGGGAGAUAGACGUAGCUGUACGCUCGCAGGAUCAGAAGACGCAGAGGUCGGGGGUCUCUUUCAUCUCUCACAGGAUCAGUGCUCUUCACUUCGCCCCUGCCGAGGUGAUCCUUCUUCACCAACA